UCCUCCAGCUUGACUUCGUCAAAUCAGCGAGGCGCAGUCGUCGAGUUCCUCAUCGCUCAUGUGCACGAGAUCUUUCCGCUGGAUACGCCGAUUCGGCUGAGUGAGAUCGCCAGCGAAGACGACUCACGUCUCCUUGAACGGGCGGAGCAGAAACGUCGGCAACUCCAGCCAACCCCUGACGGCCAAGAGGCAGGAGUUGAUGCCACAGGUUCGGACUUUAUAAAAAUCGGUUCUCUCUUUUCCUAA